AGUAAGUUUAAACAAAAAUUAUCUCAUAUGACUAUAUAAGUACAAAAUUGAAUGAUGUUAUAAUAAGUUCAUUACUCCGUAUACUCCGUAAAAUAUAAAUGACCUAACAGAAUUGCCCUGAAUUUGACCCAACUCAUACCUAAAGGCUAAAUCCGACUUGGAGGUUAAAUUGACCUAUGCCUAGACUACAUACUGAAGUAGUGUCUAAAUCCAACCCAAAUAUGGGCCAAUUAAAUUCACAGCUCUAGCUCUAGGCCAAAUCGGAAGAAAAAGAAAAAAAAAUACCGAAAUCGCUCUAUAAUAAACCUGAAUUCUACCAAUUGGUUGUUGGUAUAGUAUUGAUUGAGACUGGGACUAUACUUAAUAGGGACUCUAGAGAGAAUCCAUAUUCGAUCCCCGCAACAACAAUCAAAAGAGGAUUGAAAUUUAAUUAUUUAAAAUUAAUUUUCGAAUCCGAAUUAGUCUAAAGGAUGAAUUGGGUAGAACACCCAAAAAAAAAAAAAAAAAAAUGAAUUCUCUCUGUAUCUCCCCCAGUCCCACCUCUCCACCAUUUUAUCUUGUUGUCUUGUACUCUUGUAUAUAGUAUACUCUUGUAUGCUUACGGAAUAAUUGGGAAAUUACAGUAAACUAGUACUCCAUAUCCAUAACUAGCUAGAUACCCAUGACCUUAACCUUAGCUCUUGAAUCCAGCUUCCUUCAUAGAAACUGCAAUUUUCCAGUACCCUUUACAAAUAAUUCAAACAAAAAUUCCAGAAAAUUAAAUUUUCCAAUAAUCUUUGCCCAAUUUCCCAAUCCAAAGUGUAAUCAAGAAUUGUUGGUGGUGGUGGGUGGCGGAGCUGCCGGAAUUUAUGGCGCAAUUUGGGCAAAGACUGUCGCACCCAAACUCAAUGUUAUUGUCAUUGAGAAAGGACAACCAUUAUCUAAGGUAAAAAUAUCUGGAGGAGGUAGAUGCAACGUGACCAAUGGACAUUGCCCUGACAAUGUGAUUAUGGCGGAACAAUACCCUAGAGGAAACAAAGAGUUAAAGGGAUCUUUCUUUAGCAUGCAUAGUCCACUUGAUACUAUGUCCUGGUUUACAAGUCAUGGGGUCAAACUCAAGACGGAAAGUGAUGGUCGGGUAUUUCCGGUCAGUAAUAGCUCAACUUCAAUUAUUGAUUGCUUAAUGACUGAAGCAAGAAAAAUUGGAGUGUCGGUGCAGACAGGAAAAACUGUGACUUCUGCGACUAGCAAAGCUACUGGGAAGUUUGAUCUCGGGAUCGUGAUGCGCAGUUCUUCAACCGCUGAUCUUGUUGAAACUGAUUAUCUGUUAAUUGCCACUGGAAGUAGCAAGCAGGGUUAUGGUCUUGCAGGUCAGCUUGGCCAUACGAUUAUAGAUCCUGUCCCUAGUCUCUUCACCUUCAAGAUCAAAGACUCUAAUUUGGCUGAACUAUCGGGUGUAGCUUUUUCCAAGGUAAAAGCAAGAUUGAAACUGGAUAACAGCCGACGAAACAUACCACAGCUUACACAGGUUGGACCAAUGCUUGUUACUCACUGGGGGCUCAGUGGUCCUGCAAUUCUUCGGUUGUCUGCCUGGUCAGCUCGUGAUCUAUACGGCUCAAAUUACAAAGGGACACUUAUCUUGGACUUUGCACCGGAUAUUCUUAAAGAAGGAGUGAAGUCAAUCCUCUUAAAGCAGAAGAAGAAUUUUGCAAAGCAAAAAGUGGUCAAUUCAAGCCCUUCAGAGUUUAAUCUUGUCAAGAGAUUUUGGAGAUAUUUGCUCAAACGUGAGGGUUUUGUUGAAGAUAUCUUAUGGGCUUCCAUUUCUAGUGAUGCAUUGCUUUCUAUUACCUCCCUACUAAAACAGUGUCCAUUUGAAGUGACAGGAAAGGGCCAAUUUAAAGAUGAAUUUGUCACUGCUGGAGGUAUCCCCUUGAGUGAGAUUUCAUUGAAGACGAUGGAGAGCAAAAUGUUUUCCAACUUAUUUUUUGCAGGAGAGAUAUUGAACGUUGAUGGGAUAACUGGUGGAUUUAAUUUUCAGAAUGCGUGGACGGGGGGUUACAUUGCUGGUACAAGCAUUGGGGAUUUAGCAGCAUCCAGCAGACGGAGCACUUAAGGUGCAGAUAUUAUUACGACAUUGUCCCUUUAUGCAGCUAGUGCUACAAGCCUGCAACUGCCUUCUAAUUUCUAAGCCAGGACUAAGUCAUGUACAUGCUAACUAGAAUGCACAAAAGUUAAAACUGAGGGCGUUUGGGCUUGUCCACCUAUUAUGUAUAGCCUCGAAGUUGUAUGCAGAGUGUUGUGAAAUAAAAGGGAUAUAAAACUAGAGAGGGUGUGAUAACUGAGAUUAGACACUAGCAUAUGUUGGUAAAAUAAAAAAAUAUUUGUGAUUGGAUUGAAUCUUUUAUACAACAUUACUCUUUGUGGCUC